CCAGAGGGCACAGGCUGUGCUGUGCCUCAGAGCAAAAGCCCCAGAGCCAGCAGAGCAGGCUGACGACCUGCAAGUCACAGUGGCUGCCCUUUGCGUGCUGCGAGGUGGGGGACCCUGGGCAGGAAGCUGGCUGAGCCCCAAGACCCUGGGGGCCAUGGGCGGGGAGCUGGUGCCUGGCCUGGGGGCCCUGCGGCGCAGAAAGCGCUUACUGGAGCAGGAGAAGUCGCUGGCGGGCUGGGCGCUGGCUCUGGCGGGAAUUGGCAUCGGACUCAUGGUGCUACAUGCGGAGAUGCUGUGGUUCGGGGGGUGCCCGUGGGCGUUCUACAUGCUCCUGGUUAAAUGGAUGAUCAGCAUUUCCACCCUCCUGCUCCUGUGCCUUAUUGUGGCCUUUCACGCCAAAGAGGUCCAGCUGUUCAUGACCGACAACGGGCUCCGGGACUGGCGCGUGGCGCUGACCGGGCGGCAGGUGGCGCAGAUCGUGCUGGAGCUGGCGGUGUGCGGGCUGCACCCGGCACCUGUGCGGGGCCUGCCGUGCACGCAGGGUUCCCGGGCGCCGCUGGUGACAGCGCAGCCCUGGCCCACCUUCCUGGGCCAGGGGGAGGCGCUGCUGUCGCUGGCCAUGCUGCUGCGCCUCUACCUGGUGCCCCGCGCGGUGCUCCUGCGCAGCGGCGUCCUGCUCAACGCAUCCUACCGCAGCAUCGGCGCUCUCAACCAGGUCCGCUUUCGCCACUGGUUCGUGGCCAAGCUCUACAUGAACACGCACCCGGGCCGCCUGCUGCUCUGCCUCACGCUUGGCCUCUGGGUCACCACGGCCUGGGUGCUGUCCGUGGCCGAGAGGGAGGCUAUUAAUGCCACCGGACACCUUUCAGACACACUGUGGCUGAUCCCCAUCACGUUCCUGACCAUCGGCUAUGGGGACGUGGUGCCAGGCACCAUGUGGGGCAAGAUCGUCUGCCUCUGCACUGGAGUCAUGGGCGUCUGCUGCACAGCCCUGCUGGUGGCCGUGGUGGCCCGGAAGCUGGAGUUCAACAAGGCAGAGAAGCACGUGCACAACUUCAUGAUGGACAUACAGUAUGCCAAAGAGAUGAAGGAGUCAGCUGCCCGAGUGCUGCAAGAAGCCUGGAUGUUCUACAAACACACGCGUAGGAAGGACUCUGGAGCUGCCCGCAGGCACCAGCGCAGGCUGCUGGCCGCCAUCAAUGCGUUCCGCCAGGUGCGGCUGAAACAUCGAAAGCUCCGGGAACAAGUGAACUCUAUGGUGGACAUCUCCAAGAUGCACAUGAUCCUGUGUGACUUGCAGCUGGGUCUGAGCAGCUCACACCGGGCCCUGGAGAAGCGAAUUGACACACUGGCGGGGAAACUGGAUACCCUCGCUGAGCUGCUUAACACUGCCCUGAGCCCGCAGCAGCUUCCAGAACCCAGCCAGGAUGCCACGUAGCUGUCUCUCUGUCUCUCCGGGACCCAUGGAGGAGGAAUCAGGCUACUUUCCCUAGGACUGAGGCAAAGGACACCCUCCUUGCCACUUCUGACCCAGCCCCGAGAAUAAAGCACCUCAAGUGCAAGGAUGGAAGGGGGACCCACCUUGGGACAGGAUGACUCGCUGAUGGCUGCUGGAAGGGACACUGGCUACAGGGGGAAGCCCUGGCCCACCUGAGGCCCCAGAUGGGAGCACGGUCACCACCGCCCCACAUACCUUCAUCAAAGACAUGCUCCCUAUGCUGCCAUGGAUGACCUCUGGCUUUCAGUUAGAAGUGGAGGUGCCUGGGGGCUGGACUCCUGGGUCCCAGGGGAGGAGGGAACUAGAGGCCCAGAGUCCAGGAUUCUGGGAAGCUUCAGUUACCACUGGACGAGCUAAAGGAACCAGGUAUGAGGCUGGGGCCAGGCGGGAGGUGGCGUCCCCUGGCAGGGCAGCAAGGAGACACCAAUUUCCCAAAGCUGCAGGGACUAUCUGGUGGGGAGGAGGGGGGGGUGCAACUCACCAGUCUCUGCUCUUAUACUUUGUAAUAAAUGUUAAACAAAGCCA